UGAUAAUUGAGGUAACCUGCAAGGGUAACCUAGUUAGUUGAGGGUAAGGGACUAAGGACCUAGGAGUAUGUUUCUCUUUAGGUCUCAGGUUCGAAUCUCACUCCGUUACUGGCGGGCCUCUACAUCUUUUCCUGGUUGGAAUCUCAUCCCUAGUUGGCUACUAGCGGGCCAUUAUGCCUAUGUCUGAUCAAUCAGCUCAGGGUCCCGGGAUUAGUCGAAGUGCGUCACUCCGAAUAGGUGCUGGCUCGGAUACUCGAUUAUAAAAUAAAUAAAAUAAAACAACACACGUGAUAAUUGAGGCACAGGGUACGUAGACAAGGCCCACCCAUCUGUGUCUGUAUUAUGUGCAGGUGCAUUUUUCCAUUAUAAAUUUUCCGUCGUCGCCUCCCAUAUCCCCAACCCAGUUCUCACUGAAAUAAACAAGAAAUGAGUGGGAAAGGAGAGUUGGUGGUGGUGGAGGUGAGGAAGACGGAAGUGGUGGCAGCGGGGUUGCCGAUGCGUGAGCAUUUGCUACCGCUUUCCAACCUUGACUUGCUCUUGCCUCCUGUCGACGUCGCUGUGUUCUUAUGUUAUAAGAAUCCAACCACCACCACCACAAGACUCACUGGAAAAGAAGGGGGCUUAAUGUUGUUCACAUUUGCCUCCAUGGUCGGUGUUUUGAAGAAGGCCAUGUCUCAAGCUUUAGUUUCAUACUAUCCAUUUGCUGGGGAGGUUGUGCACAACACUGUGGGUGAACCUCAGCUUCUCUGCAACAACCGUGGAGUGGACUUCAUUGAAGCUUUUGCCCACGUAGAGCUUCAAGGUCUCAAUUUCUACAACCCUGAUUACAGCAUUGAAGGUAAGUUGGCACCUAAACAGUUGAUUGGUAAAAUUUAAUGACAGGCCACUGAACUCGAGUGCGGCGGACUAGUGGUGGCUUGCACGUUUGACCAUCGGGUGGCCGACGCUUACUCCACCAACAUGUUUCUUCUCUCGUGGGCAGAGAUGGCUCAUGACAAACAACUGUCUUUGCUUCCAUCAAUCGGACGAUCAAUACUCAGCCCUCGACAGCCCGGAUGGUAUGAUCCCUUCUUGGAUGACAUGUAUGUGCCUGUCUCUGCCCUACCACCACUUCCCAAAAAUACGAAGCGCAAUGUCGAUGAGCUGAUAAGUCGCAUCUAUUAUAUUGAGGCUGAUCAACUCAGUCGUCUCCAGUCAUUAGCCAAUCAUGGCACUAGCGGACGAGGGAAGACCAAGCUUGAGGCAUUUAGUGCCUUUUUGUGGAAACUAGUUGCUGCUAGGGAAGCUGAAAGGGGCAAGGUUUCCAGGAUGGGUAUUGUAGUAGAUGGACGAAUGAGAUUGAGAGAAGCAGAUGCAGAUAGCAAAAGGGCAACCCUGAUGGAUGCUUACUUUGGGAACGUUUUGUCCAUUCCGUUUGGCAAGGAAAGAGUUGGCGACCUCAAGGAGAAGCCGUUGAGUUGGGUGGCGGAGGCAGUUCAUGACUGCUUGGAAAAUGCAGUGACGAAGGAGCAUUUCUUGGACCUAAUAGAUUGGGUAGAGGCUCACCGUCCUGAACCAGCUCUGGCAAAGAUAUAUGCUGGUAGUAGUGGAAAAGAGGACGAUGGACCAGCUUUUGUGGUGUCGUCUGGCAGACAAUUUCCAGUCUCAAAGGUGGAUUUCGGUUGGGGAAGGCCGACGUUUGGGUCUUACCACUUCCCAUGGGGUGGGGAGGCUGGCUAUGUCAUGCCCAUGCCAAGUCCUAUGCAAAAUGGAGACUGGAUUGUAUACAUGCACUUGCUGAGAGAGCAAUUGAAGUUCAUAGAGACAAAAGCUGCUCAUGUGUUUAGGCCCUUAACCUUUGAUUAUCUGAAUCUUAACUAGCAAAAGAAUGAGAAAAAAAUUGUGUACAACAAGUCGGUGGUUUUUAUGAAUUAACAACAUAAGCAAUUGUUCAAAAAGACCUAAGCACUCUGCUCCUUCCUCCCCAAUGAAUUUAAUCCUUUGCCAUACAAGUUUCUACCAAGAUCUUGUUUUGCUAUUCAGUAAAAACAUGCCACAGCUCUCUUUUUCGAUGUUUUUCUUUAUGCUGCUUUUACUCUUUUUUCAUCAAUAAAAUUUUCUUUCUUGAU